CUGCUUUUCAUCCGCUGUUCCUCUGCUCUCAUCAGCCUUCCUGGCAGCAAUCUCAUCAGCAUUCCUAGCAGCAAUCUCAUCAGCUUCCUGGCAGCAAUCUCAUCAGCAUUCCUGGCAGCAAUCUCAUCAGCUUCCUGGCAGCAAUCUCAUCAGCUUCACUCAGCUGCAGCUCUGGUUACUGAGGGACGCUUUCACACCUGGAUGUCAUCAGAUUUUCAGCUCACACAGCCACAACAUGGCUUCUCUCUCUCCUUCCUGUUCUCUCCAACUCUGUGUGCAAAACCCCACCUCUUCAUG